AUUUCAGUGAUUUCAUCGUUUCACUUUCUUUCUCACACUCUCUCUGUGAUGCUGUAGAAGCAAAAAUGGGGAGAAAAUCGGUCUUACAAAAGGGUAAGGAAAAAGUCACCGACGGCAAAGCCUCGUCGUCGGCCGGAAAACGAAAGCGUAACUCCAGCGACGACUUCGAUGACGAUAAAACCGGUGGCCGGAAAAGAAAAGAUCGCAGUGUUCUUCAGUUCGUCGACGACGUUGCUUACGAGGUCGAUGACGACGACGACGACGACUCUGAUUUUGAUUUCAGUGACUCUGAUUUCUUCGACGAAGAUUUGCUUGAAGAAGAAUUUGGAAGUAAUGUUGAAAUCAAGAAUGAACCUGUGAGAACACCCCAACCCCCAGUGAUCAAAGAGGAGGAGAUGGAUGGAGAAGAGCUAGAGCGGAUGUUAAGGGAGCGUUAUAAACCAGGUUCUAGUUUUGUUACCUAUGCAGAAGAUACUGAUGAGAGGAAGAGACAGUCUGAGCAGGAGACACUUGUGCCUUCUCUCAAGGAUCCAACUAUAUGGAAAGUUAAAUGCACGGUUGGAAGAGAGAGGCACUCAGCUUUCUGUCUUAUGCAGAAGUAUAUAGACUUGCUUGCUUUAGGAACAAAGCUGCAGAUAAUAUCCGCUUUUGCACUUGAUCAUGUGAAGGGAUAUAUUUAUAUCGAGUCUGACAAACAAUGUGACAUUUACGAGGCAUGUAAAGGCCUUUGUAGUAUAUAUUCAACUAGAGUGGCACCUGUUCCACUGAAUGAAGUUUCUCAUUUGAUUGCUGUCCGGAAGAAGUCUAGUGGGAUUUCUGAGGGCAUGUGGGCACGUGUCAAAAGUGGAAUAUACAAGGGUGAUCUAGCACAGGUUGUGGCAGUGAAUGAUUCGCGGAAGAAAGUGACAGUGAAGCUGAUUCCAAGAGUAGACUUACAAGCCAUUGCUGACAAAUUUGGUGGAGGAGUUGCUGCCAAGAAGGGAGUUAUUCCAGCACCAAGACUAAUUAGCUCUACAGAGCUCGAAGACUUUCGGCCUCUAAUCCAGUACCGUAAAGAUCGGGAUACAAACCUAAUGUUUGAAAUUCUUGAUGGAAAGAUGCUGAAGGAUGGUUAUUUAUACAAAAAAGUGGGGACUGAUUCAUUGAGCUAUUGGGGUGUAAUGCCUACUGAAGCUGAACUCCUGAAGUUUGAACCUUCUAGUAAUGAUGAACCCCAGGAUGUAGACUGGCUUACCCAGCUUUAUGGUGAUCGGAAGAAAAAGAGAAAUACAAAUGAUUUUAAGGUUGGUCAGAAAGGAGGUGAGAAAGGGGAGAGUUCUUCAAGCUCUAGUAUGGAAAACAAUUUUGAAGUAGAUGAUCUUGUAUUUUUUGGUAGGAAUGAUUUUGGCAUUAUUAUUGGCAAGGAGAAAGAUGAUAGCUUUAAGAUCAUGAAAUAUGGAUCAGAGAGACCUGUGGUAGUGAGCAUUCAACUGCGUGAAUUGAAGCGUGCAUCUUUUGAUAAGAAGCUAUUCACUGUGAAAGACCAGCUAACUAAUGUCAUUUCAAUCGGUGAUGUGGUUAGAGUUUUGGAUGGUUCCUUGAAGGAUAAACAAGGAACUGUGAAGCAGAUUUACAGAGGUGUCGUCUUCCUAUAUGACCAAAGUGAACAGGAUAAUAAUGGUUAUCUCUGUGUCAAAGGUCAGAUGUGUGAAAGAAUUGCAAGCAGUGGUGGUGUAUCGAACGGGAAGGGAAGUGAACCUGGUCCCUCAGGUUUAGCAGAUUUCUCAUCAUCACCUAAAUCCCCUCUUUCGCCUGAGAAAUCUUGGAGAGUGAAGGAUGAUAAUAGCAGCUUCAAGCGCGGGGAUGACAAUGAAAUGUUUUCAGUUGGGCAGUCACUGAGAAUCCGUGUGGGGCCUUUGAAGGGAUAUCUUUGUCGUGUAAUAGCCAUACGACGUUCUGAUGUUACAGUAAAGCUUGAUUCCCAGCAAAAAAUUCUUACAGUCAAAUCUGAACAUCUUGCGGAAGUUCAUGCAAAGAGUUCCGUCGUAUCUCUUGGGGUUGAUGGUGAUUCAUCAAAACCUUUUGACCUGCUUGGAACACAGGAUGGUUCUGACGAUUGGAUGGCUCAAGGGGCUACAGCCACCGAGGGUAACACCGGGAAUGCAUCAUGGGGUGCAUCUGGAGGUAGUGAUAGAACUGUUGCUGACGCCGGGAAAGAUGAUGGUUGGGCGAAAGCUACUUCUGCUGUUGGUGCCACUAGUGGUGCGUCUGAUGGCUGGGGCAAAAAGGUUGAAUCACAUCAAGAGAGCACUGAGAAGAUUACAGAUAAUUCCUGGGGAAGUUCUGUGCAAAAACAAGGGAAUAAUGAUGAUUCUGGCAAAACCUCAUGGGGCAAGCAGGACGGUGGAUCUUCUUGGGGUAAGCAAUCUGAUGCAAAUGCAGAGACUGACUGGAAAAAACAAGAUGGUGGAUUGGACAAGACAGAUAGCAAAACCUCGUGGAGUCAGCAGGGUGCCGGAUCUUCUUGGAAUAAAAGUGAUGGUGGAUCGCCUUCAAGUAAGCAAGUGGGUGGAUCUUCUUGGGGUCAGCAAUCGGAUGCAAAUGCUGAAACUGGAUGGAAAAAGCAAGAUGGUGGAUCAAAUAAGCCAGAUAGCAAAACCUCGUGGAGUCAGCAGGGUGCCGGAUCUUCUUGGAAUAAAAGUGAUGGUGGAUCGUCUUCAAGUAAGCAAGCGGGUGGAUCUUCUUGGGGUCAGCAAUCGGAUGUAAAUGCUGAAACUGGAUGGAAAAAGCAAGAUGGUGGAUCAAAUAAGCCAGAUAGCAAAACCUCGUGGAGCCAGCAGGAUGCUGGAUCUUCUUGGAAGAAGAGUGAAGGUGAAGGUGGAUCCUCUUGGGGGGGUAAGCAAUCUGAUGCAAAGGCAGAUAAUGACUGGAAAAAGCAAGAUGGUGGAUCUAGCUGGAGUAAGCCAGACAGCAAAACCUCUUUUAACCAGCAGGGUUCUGGAUCUUCUUGGAAUAAAAGCAACGGUGGAUCUUCUUGGGGUAAGCAAUCUGAUGCAAAUGCAGAGACUGUCGGGGAAAAACAAGAUGGUGGAUCUAGUUGGAGCAAGGCUGAUGACAGCAAAACCUCUUGGAGCAAGCAGGAUGAUGGUUCUUCUUGGAACAAAAAGGACGAUGGAUCUUUCUCCAAGCCAGCUGGAGGUACUUCUUGGGACAAAGGAAGUGGUGGAUCUACUUGGAAUAAGAAGGAAGCUGGAUCUGGUGGGGGAGAAGAUACCAGAUCUACUUGGGGCAAACAGGAUGGUGGAUCUUCUUGGGGUAAAGAAGCUGCAGGGGGUUGGAAAGAAGGUGAGAGUGGGAAUAGUGGUGGUACGGACCAAGAAGGAGGAAGCUGGGGAAGGCCAAGAGAAUUUGAUGGAGGUCGUGGAUCAGGUGGUAGGAGAGGACGAGGUGGUUGGCGAGGAGGUCGAGAUCAAAGUGGUAGAGGAGGAUCCUUUAAUCAAGGACGGUCUAGUAGCCGGACUACUGAUGGUGAAGAUAAUAAUAAUAAUUCUAAUAAUGUAGCAUUUAAGGGUAACCAGUCUAGUUGGAGUAAUUCACAGGAACAUGGUAAAAAUCUUAAUGAAGACGCCAGUGGUCCUAAUAAUCAAACGUCUGAUUUCCAGAGCACUGGUGGUUGGACUGCUUCCAAACCAUCAAACGAUGGAUGGUCUUCUGGUUGGAAUAAAAAUUCAGCCACAACGGAGGUAGGAGGUUCUGGUGGAAACCAGUCUGAUUGGGACAAAAAAUCUGGUGAAGUGGGUGGAGCUGCUGGUUGGGACAACAAGAUUACCCAGAAAGCGUCAGAAGGUAACAACUCUGCAUGGAAUAGCAAAUCUGCAGUCGAACAAGAUGGAAAUGGAAAAAAUCAAAAUGAUACAUGGAAAAAGACUUCUGAUGGAGGUUCAUCUACCGGAUGGGGUCAAAGUAAUUCGUGGAAGAGUGGAACUAAUGAUGCGGGUGGAACUCAAGAUUCUUGGAGCAGCAAAAGUAACUGGAAUUCUGGAAGUGGCUUCGGUGGCAACAACCAGCAAUCUGAUUCUUACAGUGACAGGGGAAGAGGUGGUAGUUGGAGGGGAGGCCGUGGUAGAUCAGAUAGGGGUGGAUAUGGAGGUAGGGGUGGUUCAGAUGGUGGUGGCUUUGGAGGUAGGGGUGAUUCAGAUGGUGGCGGCUUUGGAGGUCGGGGAGGUUUUCGAGGUAGAGGGGACAGAGGAAGUUUUAGAGGUAGAGGAUCAGAUGGGGGAGGAUUUCGUGGUAGAGGGCGUGGAAGGAGGGAUGAAAGUGGUGAAUGGCAGAAUAGAAAUGAUUCGCAGGAAGAUAAACCCUACAGUUGGAGCAAAGGCUCUGGAAGUGAUGCUGAGGGAUGGAAAUCUAAUAAGGGCAGUUGGAGCCAAGAUAACAAUAACAAAGGCAGCUGGAAGAGUGCUGAUAGUACAGGUAAUGCUGAUGAUGGUGGAUGGAAGAAAGGAUUCGACUCUGAAAAGAAUGUGAGUGGAAGUGGUGCUAGUACUACCAGUUGGAAUAGUCAAGGAAAUAGUUGGAAAGCAUCAACUACUACUACAGGAGGUAAUGCUGAUGAUGGUGGAUGGAAGAAAGGAUUCGACUCCGAAAAGAAUGCGAGUGGAAGUGGUGGCAGUUGGAAGACUGAAGGAAAUAGUUGGAAAACAUCUACUGCUACUACAGGAGGUACUUCGUCAGGGUGGGGUCAGCAGACAACUGUUGGUGAAAAGGAGGUUCAGAAUGACAAGGGAACAAGUUGGAACCAGGGAACUGGUUCAGGAAACGCGAGCACAGCUUGGACUGCAAACAAAUCCAACACGGACAAUGUGAACAAACCAAAAGAAACAAGCGACGGACCGAGUGAUGCAUGGGGUAAAUCAACCAGCUCUUGGGGCAAAGGAAACAGCUCUGGCGGUCAGGGAGGCUGGUGACAACUUUGGACGGUUAUUUUGCUAUGGAGGGUCGAUUGGGCCAUCCAUGUAAUUAUGGUUUGUAAAAAGAACAAAUGACGGACUAGGUCUUGGGGGACGCAUGGAUUGGGACUUUAGAUGCUUUAGAUGUAGCGUAAGUUAUUACUCUUGAAUUGCCGGACAUAAAACUUUUGGAAUGUUGGAUGUUCGAUAAGACUCUUCAUUUUCAAUUUCGAGACUGAUAAUUAUCGCGGUGCUUGCUUUCGCGAUGACUUUAACAUGUAGCCUUUGGCAUG